UGCUGUAGAACUUGCUAAACGGAGCUGUUGUUACCGUAUCGCAAAAAUCAGACACGUUGGCUAAAAAAACCGUCUCUCGAGCGGGAGUCUGCUCUUAUUGUUCAUGUGGAGUAACCGGUACAUCAAGCUGCCAUGGCAGCAGCGGACUCCUCUCUGCUGUUAAAGGGAAAUGCAGAUGGACAAAAGCUAGCCAUGUUGAGCCAGCAGGCCAGACAGCAGCUGGAUGCUGCAGAAGAGAAACGGUCCCUUCCUCAUGAAAAUGUUCGACAGACCGGAACACAACAUGGUGUUCUCAACCCCGAACUUCGACGGCACACUUUAGAUGUUCAGCAGACGGUGCUGAUUAAAGACGAGACUCUUAAAGAAAGGAGCUCCUGUAUGAAGCAGCAGGAUCCAGAGCUUCUCUACAUAAAGGAAGAAGAGGGCGACGUCAGGACCGGUUCUGAGGAAGAGAAUAAAGAUGAUUCUUCUGAAGGAUGGAGGCCUGGUUUGGACCCCAUCCACAUAAAGGAGGAAGAGGAGGACCUCUGGACCCGCCAGGCGGGAGAGAAAAAUGAACAAGCUCCUGAAGAUUGGAAGCCUGAUUUGGACCUACUUCACAAAAAGACAGAAGAGGAAGAGCCCUGGACCAGUCUGGAGGAAGACCAGCUCAAUCAGAAGGAGACUAACACCACAAGGUUUUGCUUCACCGCAGUUCCUUUGAAGAAUGAAGAUGAUAAGACACCCCAGUUUUCACACCUUCAUCAACACCAAAUGGAAGCUGGAGAUCUUCCAACUUGCAGCUCAACUGACCAGAUGCAAGCAGAAACUGGUGGAGAUGACUGUGGAGGAGCAGAAACUACCAGGAACCCAGAUCAAAAGAGUUGUGUAGACAAUUCCAGCUCUUCAGAGAUUGAAGUCGGUGAUAUUAAGGAGGACAAAACUGUGACCCACCCUGAUUACUGUCCGGUACCUUUAUCAGAACCAAGAGCUGAAGACAUUGGUGAUGACUGGAAAGAGAGCACAGCUUUAGUGUCUGGUCUAAACAAUGUCAGCAAAUGUUUUAUCUGCUCCGAGUGUGGUCAGCUGUUUGUUAACAACCAGUCUUUUCUGAGACAUGUGACAAAUCAUUUAGAAUCGAGGUCUUCAAGUAGUUUUGUUCCAAAGAAAAGUUUUAGUGUAAAGGAAAAUGCAGAAUCUUGCAGUAAAGUUCAGAAAAGUCAGAAAUCAUUAAGCUGUAAUGACUGUGGUAAAAUAGUUACCUCUAAAACAGAUUUAACCAAACACAUGAGGGUCCACACUGGAGAGAAACCCUACAGCUGUGACAUAUGUGGACGAAAGUUUAACCAUAAGUCAAACUUAAACAAACACACAAGAACCCACACAGGUGAGAAACCAUACAGUUGUGAUGUAUGCGGACGCAGGUUUAACCUUAAAUCAAAUAUGAAUAAGCACUCGAGGAUUCAUACUGGAGAGAAACCGUUUGGUUGUGAUGUUUGUGAACAGAGAUUUACCUAUAAGACCGAUUUAGAAAGACAUGCACGUUUCCACAGAGGGAAAAAACUGUUCGAAUGUGAUUUUUGUGGAGAAAAGUUCAGCCAUAAAACACAUUUAGACAGACAUGUGAGCUUCCACACUGGAGAGAAACCAUUUGGUUGUGAUAUAUGUGGACAAAGAUUCACACGUAUGACACAUUUAGGUGUUCACAUGAGAAUCCAUACCGGUGAGAAACCAUUUGGUUGUGGUGUCUGCCAGCAAAGAUUUAGCUUGAAGAACACUUUAAACAAACACAUGAGAAUCCACACAGGAGAGAAGCCAUAUGAAUGUGGUGUUUGUGGAAAAAGAUUUACUCAUAAAUCAAAUUUAAACAAACACCUGAGAAUCCAUGCUGGGGAGAAACCCUAUGACUGUGACGUAUGUGGAAGAAGUUUUACCCAUAAGUCAAAUUUAAACAAACAUACAAGAAUCCAUACAGUACAUAAACCAUUUGGCUGUGAUUACUGUGAGCAACGAUUUUCACGGAAGAAACAUUUAGGCAUUCACAUGAAAAUCCAUUCAGGAGAGAAGUUGUUUGGUUGUCCCGUAUGUCAUCACAGGUUUAGCAACAAAGCACAAUUAGACAGACAUGUGAGUUUCCACACUGGAGAGAAGCAGUUUUGUUGUGAUCUUUGUGGACAAAGUUUUACACGAAAGACACAUUUAGGCAUUCACAUGAGGAUCCACACGGGAGAGAAACCGUAUAGUUGUGAUCUAUGCGGUCAAAGUUUUAGACAAAAGGCACAUUUAGACGGACACAGGAAAAUCCAUACAAUACAGAAAGUGGUUGUGAUGUGUGCUGAAGAAGGUGUAGAGCAGGAGUCACCAGGAAACUUUGCUGAGGAGCCAAAUAUUUUUUGUGCAGGUUCUGCCGAGCCAGCCUUUGAUGCAAGAAAUGCCCAUGAUAAUAAUGAUGCUUGUGAAGAAACCUCAUAGGUGUCGAGCUUGAUGAUGAUUAGUUAUCCAAGAGAAAAACAAUCAUCUUUUUUCCUCAUUAAUAAAAAUGUAUUUCAGCUGUUGGGAUUUAUACACAUCAGUUAUUAAUUAGCACAAGCUAACCGCUAAUGCUCAGAUGUGUUAUAAUGCUGAGCCAUUUAGUUGUAUAGACGAAAAAGUUAAAUUUCUCAUAACCAUAGGUUCUGUCACUUUUAUUAAUCUGUUUUCACACAAAUUAUAUUUGGCAUGCUUUUAUUUUUAUGUUAACUUAUAUAAUUUCCUUUUGUUUAUAGUUUUUGCUGUAAGGUGUAGUUUUGAUUUUGCCUGAGCCAUUGUGCAGAAUGUUAAAUGAGGAAAAAAUAUUAGCUCCUAUGGAAAAUCAAACGUUAGUGCAAAUACAAAGGAAGGGGAAAAUGGAGGUGGUUGGGGUGUUGGCAAAGGUGACAGGUUGUUUGACAUCAGGAUUCCCAAAUUCAAGCAAUGCAAGCAGCAAUAUUUAUACAUGUAGAAUAACAUUUGAUCUUGCAGCCUUGGUUGGUCAAGUAUCUGAAGAAUGUGUCAGCUGUAUAUUGUAAAUAAGCUGUCAAACUUAAAGUCUUCAGAGAUUACAAAACUUAAUAAAUUAGCCUAUUUACUAAUUCAGUUUUAGGUAGCUCUAAAAUAAUUAAAGUAUGCUAAAUAUAUUCA